AUGCGAAGCGGUCCAGCGCCUACGGACGCGUUUCUGCUGGCACGUCUAGAUGGCAGAGGCCUGAGCACGUUUGCCCAUAUGGUGGUAGCUUCUGCCGUUACUUGUCUUAGUGAAGUGAUGCAAGUGGAUGGGUUGUCGCAGUUAAAGUACGUACUCUUUUCAAAAGAGCAAGAGAAGGCGUAUGCUGUGAGGGAAAAAGGAGGAGUGCAUCAAGUCUCCCGUGGUGAAACAACGCAAGGACAAGUUUGGAAGGCAUGCGGUGACCCCAAAGCCAAACCAUCCUAUCUUAUUGACAAAAACCUGGAAUCUGCUGUCAAAUUCAUAGUCAGGAAGUUUCCAGCAGUAGAAACACGCAACAACAAUCAACAGCUUGCUCAGCUCCAGAAAGAAAAAUCGGAGAUUCUGAAGAACCUGGCAUUAUACUACUUCACGUUUGUCGAUGUUAUGGAAUUUAAGGACCAUGUUUGUGAGCUGCUGAACACUAUUGAUGUCUGCCAAGUCUUCUUUGAUAUUACUGUAAACUUCGAUUUAACAAAGAACUACCUAGAUUUGAUUAUAACCUACACAACUCUAAUGAUAUUGCUGUCUCGAAUUGAAGAAAGGAAGGCUAUCAUUGGAUUGUAUAACUAUGCCCAUGAAAUGACACAUGGAGCAAGUGACAGAGAAUAUCCACGCCUUGGCCAGAUGAUUGUGGAUUAUGAAAAUCCUUUAAAGAAAAUGAUGGAGGAAUUUGUACCUCACAGUAAAUCCCUUUCAGACGCUCUGAUUUCACUCCAGAUGGUCUAUCCUCGAAGAAAUCUCUCAGCUGACCAGUGGAGAAACGCACAACUACUGAGCCUCAUCAGUGCCCCCAGUACAAUGCUUAAUCCUGCACAGUCUGACACAAUGCCAUGUGAAUACCUCUCUCUGGAUGCAAUGGAAAAAUGGAUCAUUUUUGGGUUUAUUUUGUGCCAUGGAAUCCUCAAUAGUGAUGCUACGGCUUUGAACCUUUGGAAGCUUGCACUUCAAAGCAGCUCUUGUUUGGCUCUGUUUCGGGAUGAAGUAUUCCAUAUUCACAAAGCUGCAGAAGACUUGUUUGUAAACAUACGAGGGUACAACAAGCGUAUUAAUGACAUCAGAGAGUGCAAAGAAGCUGCUGUUUCACACGCUGGCUCAAUGCAUAGAGAGAGGCGCAAGUUUUUACGUUCUGCACUCAAAGAACUGGCUACUGUCCUGUCUGAUCAGCCAGGCCUGUUGGGUCCCAAGGCACUUUUUGUAUUUAUGGCGUUAUCCUUUGCUCGUGAUGAAAUUAUUUGGCUUCUUCGUCAUGCGGAUAAUAUGCCAAAGAAGAGCGCAGAUGACUUCAUAGAUAAACACAUAGCAGAGCUAAUAUUCUACAUGGAGGAGCUCAGAGCACACGUGCGAAAAUAUGGACCGGUGAUGCAGAGAUAUUAUGUACAGUAUCUCUCCGGCUUUGAUGCAGUGGUCUUAAAUGAGCUUGUUCAGAAUCUUUCAGUGUGCCCAGAGGAUGAAUCAAUCAUCAUGUCAUCUUUUGUAAACACAAUGACUUCACUAAGUGUGAAACAAGUUGAAGAUGGAGAGGUGUUUGACUUCAGAGGAAUGAGAUUAGAUUGGUUUAGAUUGCAGGCUUACACCAGUGUUUCUAAAGCUUCACUUAGUCUUGCAGACCAUAGAGAACUAGGAAAAAUGAUGAACACAAUCAUUUUCCACACAAAAAUGGUAGAUUCUUUGGUGGAGAUGUUGGUUGAAACCUCAGAUCUUUCUAUAUUUUGUUUUUAUAGUCGUGCUUUUGAGAAGAUGUUUCAGCAGUGUUUGGAGCUUCCCUCUCAGUCAAGAUACUCAAUUGCAUUCCCACUGCUUUGUACUCAUUUUAUGAGCUGCACCCAUGAACUAUGCCCAGAAGAGCGACAUCAUAUUGGAGAUCGUAGUCUUUCAUUGUGUAACAUGUUCUUGGAUGAAAUGGCUAAGCAAGCUCGAAAUCUUAUCACAGACAUUUGCACAGAACAAUGUACGCUGAGCGAUCAGUUGCUGCCAAAGCAUUGUGCCAAAACCAUCAGUCAAGCAGUGAACAAAAAGUCAAAAAAACAGACUGGAAAGAAAGGAGAACCUGAAAGGGAGAAACCAGGAGUAGAAAGCAUGAGGAAAAACAGAUUGGUUGUGACAAACCUGGACAAACUGCACACUGCACUUUCUGAGCUCUGCUUCUCAAUCAAUUACGUACCAAACAUGGUGGUUUGGGAACAUACGUUUACCCCAAGAGAAUAUUUAACGUCUCACCUGGAAAUCCGCUUUACCAAGUCAAUUGUUGGAAUGACUAUGUAUAACCAAGCGACACAAGAGAUUGCAAAGCCUUCAGAGCUGUUAACCAGUGUAAGAGCCUAUAUGACAGUCCUCCAGUCAAUAGAAAAUUAUGUACAGAUUGACAUUACACGAGUAUUUAACAAUGUUCUGCUUCAGCAAACUCAGCAUUUAGAUAGUCAUGGUGAGCCAACCAUUACCAGUCUGUACACAAAUUGGUAUUUGGAAACUUUGCUACGGCAAGUCAGCAAUGGUCACAUAGCCUAUUUUCCAGCCAUGAAGGCAUUUGUGAAUUUGCCUACAGAAAAUGAAUUGACAUUUAAUGCUGAGGAAUACUCUGACAUAUCAGAAAUGAGAGCCCUUUCUGAACUUUUGGGACCAUAUGGCAUGAAGUUCCUAAGUGAAAGUCUGAUGUGGCACAUUUCUUCACAGGUUGCUGAGCUUAAGAAACUUGUGGUGGAGAACGUUGAAGUUCUAACGCAAAUGAGGACCAGCUUUGACAAGCCAGACCAGAUGGCAGCACUCUUUAAAAGAUUAUCAUCCGUUGACAGUGUUUUGAAGAGAAUGACGAUUAUUGGUGUUAUCUUGUCUUUUCGGUCAUUGGCACAGGAAGCGCUUAGAGAUGUCUUAUCCUACCACAUUCCUUUCCUUGUAAGUUCCAUCGAGGACUUUAAAGAUCACAUUCCGCGAGAGACUGACAUGAAG